GUCUGCCCACCGACGAAGUAUGGGCGUCCAGGGCUUCCAAGAGUUCCUGGAGAAGCGCUGUCCCGGGGCUGUUGUGCCCGUGGACCUCCUCAAACUCGCGCGUACGGUCUCGCGCCAGCAGCAGCAGCAGCAUCGCCCGCUGCCGCCUACGGCAGCCCUAGCGCCCGGGGCUCCACGCGCCGCCAGGGGCUCCGCGCCUCUGCAACCGCCGCUCGCGCCCGCUGCCUUGGGUGCCUACUCCGGGGGCGCGGGGCCGACUCGGCACCAUCACCCCGCUCACCACUUCCACCAUCACGGCCAGGCGCACCCCGGGCUGCACCCGCCGCCGCCGCCGCCGCCGCCGCCGCCCCCUCCGCUGCCCGGGGCCCGGGUGCUGGUGGACGCGGGCUCAGCGCUGCCUCGGCUUUAUGGCGGCUACCAGACGGAUUGGGUGUGUGGCGGCCAAUGGAACGCCAUGCUGGGCUACUUGUCAGCGCUAUGUCAGGCUUGUGCCUAUCCCGGCGGCGACGGCUUGGAGCUGGUGGUCAUGUUCCCCGGGGGCCUGGGCAAGGACCGGCUGGCCGAGUGGGGCCGUCGGUGCCAGGCCGAGCGGCAGACAGCGCAACUGAUCGUGGGACACGUGGGCAACAAGGGCACCCCUCCUCCACGGGCCUGGUUCCUGCCACCGGCCUGCCUGAGCCACUGCGUGAGGCUAGCGCUCAUCCGCUUCCGGGUCAAGGUCUUUCAGAGCCUUGAAGACCACCAUUUGGAAGUGGUGGCUUUUUUCAGGGAAAAUGGCUUCCAUGGCCUUCUUGCCCAUGACUCCGAGUAUGCUCUCUACAAUAUUCCCUCUUACUAUAGUUCCCAUGCUCUGAAGCUGAGCUGGAAUGGGAAGAACCUUACUACCAACCAGUUCCUGAUGCAGGAGGUGGCCAAGCAGCUGGGUUUGAAGCGGAUGAAUUUUCCCAUAUUUGCUGCAUUGCUAGGUAACCACAUUCUCCCAGAUGAGGACCUGGCCGCUUUUCACUGGAGCCUCUUGGGACCAGAACAUCCCCUUGCAUCACUUAAGGUCAGAGCUCAUCAGCUGGUUCUUCCUCCCUGUGAUGUGGUAAUCAAGGCUGUUUCUGAGUAUGUUAGUUCCAUCAAAGACCCCUCAAACCUGGAUGUGGUUGGGAAGGAUGUUUUCAAACAGUCUCAGUCCAGGACAGAAGAUAAAAUAGAACGAUUCAAGAAAGCAGUUGAGUACUAUUCAGUCACAACCAAACUCUCUUCGCUGCCAGUGGGUCCCUCCUCCUUUCUAGGUUUUCGGAAUAAUCGACUUGGAAAUCCUCCCAUUCCACGAAAUCAAAUGGGCACUAUCUCUGCUGGAAAGCCAAUGUUUUCUCACCACGUGCCCCAGAAAAUGAAAUAUCCACCACCAUUCCCAGUGGGACCCAACUCCUCUCUUCUCUUCUCCCCCCAUGCUUUGGGGGAAUCCCAUGCUUUUUCUGAGGAUCCCAUGCUGCAGGACAGCCCCUUUGCCAGUUGGGCUGUCUCUUAUGAUUCCUCUGCAUCCCAGUUUCCCAAUUACCUGACUUCCAAAGCCUCACCUCCUUUGGGACCAGACUCUUCCCACUCCUCUUCCUCUGAUGCUGAUGAGCCAAAUGGAGCCAGCUCUGAUCACAUCACAGAAACACUUCAGCAGCAGCCUGGAUGGGAGGAUCCAAAUGGUGACAGAGGGUCUUGGGUACAGCCCAUCGAUGCUGGAGUUUCAGAUGCCAGCCUGGGUGAUGGUGAGCCCCACAUCCCAUCUCUGCUGUCUAUGUCUACGAGGAACCAUAUGGACAUCACCAUUCCGCCCUUACCUCCAGUAGCUCCAGAAGUCUUGCGGGUUGCUGAACACAGACAUCGAAGGGGUCUUAUGUACCCAUAUAUCUACCAUGUCCUCACUAAGGGUGAGAUUAAGAUCCCUGUAUGUAUUGAGGAUGAGUGUAACAUGGAGCUGCCUCCAGCUGCUCUCCUGUUCCGGUCAGCUCGUCAAUAUGUAUAUGGGGUCCUUUUCAGUCUGGCAGAGACACAGAGGAAAAUGGAACGCCUGGCCAUACGGCGGCGGUUGCCUGUAGAAGUUCCUUCAGUGAUCCUUAAAGAGUGGUCUGCCUAUAAAGGGAAGUCACCUCAAACCCCUGAGCUGGUGUCUGCACUGACAUUUCGGGAAUGGACUUGCCCAAACCUCAAGAAGCUCUGGCUAGGCAAAGCAGUUGAGGACAAGAACAGAAGGAUGCGUGCCUUCCUGGCCUGUAUGAAGUCAGACACACCCAGUAUGCUCAAUCCGGCUAAUGUCCCCACCCAUCUGCUGCUCAUGUGCUGUGUACUCCGAUAUAUGGUUCAGUGGCCUGGUGGCCGAAUCCUGCAUCGCCAUGAGCUAGACACCUUCCUUGCACAGGCAGUAUCUACUCAGCUUUAUGAACCAGAUCAACUUCAAGAACUCAAGAUUGAGAAACUGGAUGCUCGAGGGAUCCAGCUUGCUGCCCUCUUCAUGAGUGGGGUCGACACAGCUCUGUUUGCUAAUGAUGCCUGUGGCCAGCCAGUCCCUUGGGAACACUGCUGCCCCUGGAUUUACUUCGAUGGCAAGCUGUUCCAGAGCAAGCUAAUUAAAGCAGGCCGGGAGCGAGUAUCCCUGGUUGAGCUCUGCGAUGGCCAGGCUGACCUGGCAACCAAAGUGGAGAAGAUGAGACAGAGCAUCCUUGAAGGAGUCAACAUGAACCAUCCACCGCCUUCUGCUCUACUUCCAUCACCUACUUUUGUGCCUCCCAUGGUGCCCUCUCUCUACCCUGUUUCACUUUACCCCCGAGCCAUGGGUCCAAUGCCACCUCCCCCUCAAGGAAGGAGCCGGGGGUUUGCAGGUCUCCAUCCAAUCCCACCCCAAGGAGGAAAACUAGAGAUUGCCGGGAUGGUUGUGGGCCAGUGGGCUGGCAGCAGAUCCUCCAGGGGUCAUGGCUCCUUUGGCAUGCAAGUGGUUUCUGUCGGUGGGCCGGGAAAGGGGCAUGGAAAAGAACAGACUGGUAGAGGAUCCAAAGGACAUAAAAAAGGAAAUAAACAAAGCACUUCAGAUGGAGUUUCUAAAUCCCUGGAGCCUCAUCAAGGUCGGUCUCGCUCACAGGUAAAUGGAAACAAUGGCACAUUGAUCAAGGAAGAGAAGAAUGAUCAUCUUCCAGCUCCAUCACAGUGUGCCUUAACCAGAGACAGCAGUGUGUGUAAUAAUGGUAACCGCUACUUCCCCGUGAAGAAUGGGAACAUGAGUCUGCUUUUUGCUGUGAGUACCACUUGAAGAGACUGUCAUCCUUCACUUGAGGUUCAAUUUCUGACUAUGAUGUGGCCUUUCUUGAACAAAGUCAUGCAUCAUAUGGGAACCCCCAGAAAUGACCCCUUUACCUUGUAGGGCCACAAGCAAAAGCACCCUGGAUGUAUAUAGCCACUGAUCCCCAAGGACUUGCAGUUCUUGAUUUCUGCUGGUGUGUAUUGGGGUCAACCUAUAACUCCCACCCUUAUUCAGUGGCCAGUCUAGUCUGGACCAGGCCUGAUAAACUUCUGCUCACUUGUAUCAUUUUCAUUCUGAGCCAGUAGGACUUUUGGUAGACUUUAUAGCCUAAGAAAUGGCACUUGCUUUGGCUAGUGAUAUUUGAUUUUUGUCUCCAUCUUGAUUUCCUGGCAUUGUUGGCCAAGUCACAUUAACUUGUUUUUAAUCACUGAGAAAAACAGCCAGGUAAGGCAUUAGGGAGGGUGGUUAAGGAGGGGGGUGGGGGGAGGAAUGCUUAUGUAGGGUAGAAAGAAUGUGGAAGUAACUGUUUGGUUAUAGUGAUCCAGUCCGCUGGAACCUUAGAAGGCUCCUGUGGGCCUGUCUGUGCUACCCUUUCAGCCUCUAAGACUCCCCCACCCCACUUUGAAAUGACAGUACAAGUAGACCACAGUUUAAAGUAGUUAGUAUAAUUCUACUAAGGUUUAAUCAUUAUACUUGUUUACUUCCUGAUGCAUAUUUCCUAAAUAUGCUUGGGGUUUUGGGGGGGGGUAAGUUUUCACUGUUCCAUUGUGUGUCACCCUAUAUUUUUCUCCCUCUUGUGACUUUGGCAUCUUCUUUUAUUUGACUUUCCAUUUUCUUUUCCCUUGGCUUAUUGCAGUAGUCUGCUGGUGCAGGUAUUUCCUUAUCCCCCUGUUACUGCUAAUUAUCUUCAGUAUUGUCAGAGGUUAUUUUGAUGUUCUAAGAAAAUAACUUCAUAUAUUUUUUUUUGCAAAAUCAUCUUUUCCAAGGUAAAAGCAAAAUAAAAAAACCCCUAUGCUAGGGUGCCCACUGCAGCUUUUGACAUUGCCCUUGUACUUUUAUAGAUGCUCUUUUUGUCCGUGUUGGUAGUAACUAAUGACUAGUGAAUUUUCAUGUAAAUGAAACAAAUUAAAUAUUUCAGAUUUUAUUAAUCUCUCAUAACCCUGCCAAAUCUGAUGACUUCAUUUUAGUUACUUCCCAGAAGACACUUCCCCAUCCACCUUUUAUUUUAUUCUAUUCUAUUCUAUUUUUAGAAUAACAUACUAGGUAAAGAAACUUUAACUCAAGGAGUCAUUGAUUUUUAGUGCUCCCUGAUAAAUGAUGUUAUUGACAAAAGUAAAAUCUUUCAUUGUUUUUUCCUGUGUUAGUAUCUCUUCUCCUGUGCUCUUGACAGUGUGUUUAGUGGAUGGAUAAUAUGUAUUUCUCUUCCAAAUUCCCUGCCUUUUUGGCCCACCUCACCACAAAAGCUCCAUAGUUUAUUAAUGUAAGUUUGAAUGGAUGCUUCUUAGGGGAAACUGCAGGAGUUAAGGAAAGUGUUUCAGAAAGGAAUGAAAAUGUCUCAGGAGUUGUUCUGUGAUGGAAAUUGGUCUGUUGUUCUGUUAAUGCUGAUGGAAAGAAACUUA